UUUUGGUGCCGUGUGUGACUACUACAAGUUAAAUUGUGUAUUUGUAACGUUUUUUUGUACGUAACGGCUCGUAGUAAAAUACACGUACAACAAAAAUAUCGUAAUGUUGUAAUGUUUUGGCGCUGCAGGUAGUUUUUUUCUCCCUUUUUUUUCCGUCUUCUCUUUUUAAUUGCGCGAGCGUUUCCACCGAGACUCGUUUCCAACUAACCGUCCCGGGGAGACGGCUCAACUUCGGGCUGGCGACCCUAUGUGGAUUUUACUGAAAACAUGGAGCAGAUUCCCGGUUUCUCUUCGGGCAAAUCACUAGUCUUCGUCUUCUGCUUCAUUCGCAUCUCUCUGGCUCUGCAAUGUGUGGACGAUAAGGCGCCUUGUGUGAACAAUGCUACGUGUCUGACCUUCAGCCACGGCACCGAGUACUGCAGGUGUGCACCGGGCUUUCUGGGUGAGUACUGCCACCACAAGGACCCGUGUCACCCCGGCUUCUGCCUGAAUGGAGGGAACUGCUCCGUGUCCAUGUUGGCCGGCGUGCCCGUGCCCGGCAGCGCCGCCUGCAACUGCCCUCUCGGCUACACCGGACAGCACUGCCAAAGUCCGCAGAACUCCACGUGUUACCCCAGCAACCCCUGUGCCAACAAGGGCGCCUGCACCCUGCUGUCCCUCGACAAAUACAAGUGCGAGUGUGCCAGAGGAUGGACCGGACCGCAGUGUGAGCACGAGGACAGCUGUCUCUCUAGUCCCUGUGCCAACGCUGGAAUGUGCAGCUCUCCGUCCGGCAGCAGCUACACAUGUUCCUGUCCUCCCGGCUACACAGGUCCCCGCUGCCUCAACGACACAAACGAAUGCGCCGUCACACCCUCCGUAUGCCAGAAUGAAGGUCAUUGCGUCAACACCCCUGGCUCCUACAAGUGUAUCUGUGACCCGGGGUUCACGGGCAGACACUGUGAGAGCUUGUACAUCCCUUGCUCACCCUCGCCAUGCCUGAAUGGGGGCACCUGCCACCAGAACUCUGAAAUCAGCUACUCUUGCCACUGCCUUCCAGGUUUCAACGGGACUAACUGCGAGAGCAACAUCGAUGACUGCCCCGGCCACCAGUGUGCCAACGGAGGAACCUGCAUGGACGGAGUCAACACCUACAACUGCCAGUGUCCGCCAGAGUGGACCGGUCAACACUGCACUGAAGAUGUGGACGAGUGUCGUCUGCAGCCCAACACCUGCCAGAACGGAGGCACCUGCAGCAACCUGUUUGGCAGCUACGUGUGCGUGUGCGUGAACGGCUGGAGUGGACCCGACUGCUCCGAAAACAUCGACGACUGCGCCACGGCCGCGUGCACCGCGGGCUCCACGUGCAUCGACCGCGUCGCGUCUUUCGUCUGCCUCUGUCCCUACGGAAAGACAGGCCUGCUCUGCCACAGAGAUGACGCCUGCAUCAGUAACCCCUGCAGGGAGGGCUCUCAGUGUGACACCAACCCCAUCAACGGCAUGUUCAACUGCAACUGUGCACCUGGAUACGUGGGCAGCACCUGCAACAUCGACAGAGACGAAUGCAGCAUUGGUACCAACCCGUGCGAGCACGGGGGUCAAUGUGUGAACACCGAUGGCUCCUUCACGUGUCACUGUGUGAGGGGUUACGCCGGGCCGCGCUGCGAACAAGACGUCAACGAGUGUGCGUCCAACCCCUGCCAAAACGAAGGCACGUGUCUGGAUCGCAUCGGGGACUACACCUGCAUCUGCAUGCCCGGAUUUGAGGGGACUCAUUGUGAGAUUGAGAUAAACGAGUGCACCAGCUCGCCCUGUCUGAACCAGGGUAAAUGUCUGGACCAGGUCAGCCGCUUCAUCUGCGAAUGCCCAGCAGGCUUCAGCGGAGAAAUGUGCCAGAUAGACAUCGACGAGUGCUCCAGCACACCCUGUUUAAAUGGGGCCAAGUGCAUCGACCGACCCAACGGAUAUGAUUGUGAAUGUGCUGAAGGUUUCAACGGUCUGCUUUGCGAGGACAACAUCAACGACUGCGUCCCGGAGCCGUGCCACCACGGCGUGUGCAAAGACGGCAUCGCCACCUUCUCCUGCGAGUGCCAGCCGGGCUACACGGGCUCCAUCUGCAACAUCCAGGUCCAGGAGUGCCACAGCAACCCGUGUCAGAACCGAGGACGCUGCAUCGACCUGGUCAACGCCUACCAGUGUAACUGCCCACCAGGAACCACAGGGGUGAACUGUGAGAUCAAUGAAGAUGACUGUGCGAGCAACCCCUGUGAGUACGGAGAGUGCCACGAUGGCAUCAACGAGUACAAGUGUGUGUGCGCCCUGGGAUAUACAGGACUUAAAUGUGACGUGGAGGUCAACGAGUGUCACUCAAACCCAUGUAUGAGUGGGGGGACCUGCAUGGACAAGGUCAACGGGUUCCUCUGCCUGUGCCCGCCCAGCACCCACGGCCCCCUGUGCCUCUCUGGGACCGACCACUGUGCUCUUCAGCCCUGUGAACACGGAGAAUGUAUUGAACAGCAAUACGGGUAUCGUUGUGAGUGUGAAGCCGGCUGGGUGGGACAACAGUGUGACCAGGAAAGGGACGAGUGCCAGCCCAGUCCGUGCCAACAUGGUGGCACCUGCGUGGACCGACAUAAUGGCCACACCUGCCUGUGUCAACCUGGAUUCAGAGGUGUGAACUGUGAGAAGAACGUGGAUGAAUGUGCAUCCGGGCCCUGUCUGAACCACGGCAUCUGUAUAGAUGGAGUCAACAGUUAUUCCUGCCAAUGUAGUCCUCCAUUCACAGGUAAACACUGCGAGGUGGAACAGGUUCCCUGCGCUUCUCACCCGUGUGAGAGGGGAGUGUGUCGCCCGUCUUCGGACUACACCUCCUACGCCUGUCGAUGUCCCGCUGGGUGGCAAGGCACACGCUGCAGUGAGGAUGUUGACGAAUGCAGAAAGAACCCUUGCAAAAACACUGGUCGCUGCAUCAACAGCCCGGGCAGCUACACGUGUAAAUGUCAACCCGGAUACAGCGGCCACAACUGCCAGACGGACAUAGACGACUGCUCACCGAACCCGUGCCUGAACGGAGGCUCUUGCGUGGACGAGGUCGGGAGCUUCUCCUGUGACUGCCGCCCGGGUUUCGAAGGGGAGCGCUGCGAGACCGAGGUAGACGAGUGCGCCAGCCAGCCCUGCAGGAACGGCGCCAUCUGCCGGGACUACGUCAACAGCUUUGUGUGCGAGUGCCGACCGGGCUUCGAUGGAAUCUUGUGCGAACGCAACAUCCUCGAAUGCACCGAGAGCUCCUGUCUGAACAACGGGACUUGCAUUGACGACAUCAACGCCUUCUCUUGCCGUUGCCGUCCCGGUUUUUACGGGACGUUCUGCGAGUACGAGCAGAACGAGUGCGACUCUCAGCCCUGUAAGAAUGGAGGCACCUGCACCGAUGGCCUGGGCGCCUACCGCUGCACCUGCCCCGUGGGAUACAAUGGACAUAACUGCCAGAACUUCGUGAACCUCUGCAGCCAGGUGCGCUGCCACAACGGCGGCUCCUGCUCCCAGACAUCAACCUCCUGGACCUGCCACUGUCAAAUGGGCUGGACGGGUCUGUACUGUGACGUCCCCAACAUGUCCUGCCAGGACUUUGCCGCCAGGAAGGGUCUGGAGGUUGAAAAUGUGUGCAAGAACGCCGGGCGGUGCGUCAACGUGGGCAAAUCCCACCGGUGCCAGUGUCAGCCGGGAUACACGGGCAGCUACUGUGAAGAGAUGGUGGACGAGUGCCAGUCGAACCCUUGUCGCAACGGAGCCACAUGCAAGGACUACCAGGGCACGUACGAGUGCAUAUGUAAACCGGGCUACCAGGGGGUGAACUGCGAGUAUGAUGUCGACGAAUGCCACUCUAGGCCCUGCCUCCAUGGCGGAACCUGUAUCAACCUCAUCAACCGCUUCACGUGCGCCUGCCCGCCGGGAGCGCAUGGGCUCCAGUGCGAGUUGAACGAGGACGACUGCGCCCCCAAGCUCGGCUCCUUCGAACCCCGCUGUCUGAACGGAGGGCAGUGUGCGGACGGCGUGGGCCGCUACUCGUGCUCCUGCCCUCCGGGAUUCGUCGGGGAACACUGCGAGGGGGAUCUCAACGAAUGCCUGUCCGGGCCCUGCCACGCCACCGGCAGCCUCGACUGCGUGCAGCUGGUCAACGACUACCAGUGCCGCUGUCGCCUUGGAUACACGGGUCGUCACUGUGAGUCCAUGGUGGAUCUGUGUCUGUCCAAGCCGUGCCACCAGGGCGGAGUCUGCUCCAUGAACAUGAGCUCAGUCCAUGGCUACACCUGCUCCUGUGCUCCUGGCUUCACUGGGUUCAACUGUGGCGAAAUAGAGGGCUACAGUUGUGCAAAGCUACGUUGCCAGCACGGCGGUCGCUGCGUGGAGUCACCCGGCCACCUGUACUGCCAGUGCCAGUCGGGCUUCAGCGGACCGCACUGUGAGAACGAACAGAGGUGUCCGUGGAACUGCCAGAAUGGAGGCACCUGCAUCAAAGACCCGUCCAACCCGUACCAGUACAGCUGCCGCUGCACCGUGCACUUCUCGGGGCCGUACUGCGAGAACAAACUCACCGUGUCGCGCACUCCAGUGUGCCCCUAUCCGCAGUGUGAGCAGCACUCCGGGGAUAACGUGUGUGACAACCAGUGCAACAACCACGAAUGUCAUUGGGAUGGAGGCGACUGCUCGCUCAACUGGCAUCAGCCCUGGGUCAACUGCACCGCCAGUGUUCCCUGCUGGGAUCUCUUUAAUAACGGACGUUGCGAUAAGGAGUGUGACAACCUUGGGUGCCUCUUUGACAGCUUCGAUUGCCAGGAGACCCCUUCCUCCUGCAAGUAUGACAGGUACUGCGCGGACCACUUUGGGAAUGACAUCUGUGACCAGAGCUGCCACACGGAGGCUUGCGGCUGGGACGGCCUGGACUGCUCCACCGACACGCCGCCUAAGGUGAUCGAGGGCAUGCUGGUCGUCGUGGUCCGGCUGCAGCCCAAGGAGCUGCUCGGGGAUCUGAGGGGCUUCUUGCGCUCCCUGGGAGCCGUGCUGCACACCAGCCUGCAAGUGAAGCUGGAUAAGAAUAAGAAGCCAAUGGUUUACCCGUACUACGGGGAGGAGCAGGGGCUGCACAUACAGAGGAGCAGAAGCAGGCGGGAGCUGGAGAGGGAGGUUAUUGGAUCUGUGGUGCACCUGGAACUCGAUAACCGCGAAUGUUCCCAGAGCUCGGUCGACUGUUUCUCCAACACUAACGAGGCCGCGUCCUUCCUCGCAGCGGCGCACAUCAAGGCCGAUCUUCCUUACCCUCUGGUGUCUGUUUACAGUAAGCCGUCGAUAGACUCGCCAGUUUCAACGCCUCUGAUGUACCUGGUUGGAGUGGCGGUGGUUAUCAUCCUGCUGAUCCUCGUGCUGGGGAUGCUGGCAGCCAAGAGGAAGCACAAACAUGGCGCCCUGUGGCUGCCCGACGGCUUCUUGGCCAAUAAGAACGACAAAAGGAGAGAGCCUGUCGGACAGGACGACUUUGACAUGAAGAAUUUCAAGACCCAGGAUGGAGCCAUGAUGGAUGGAGUUCAGAGUCAGAGGUGGCUGGACGACGAGGUCUCACUCAAGAAACCAAGAACUGAAGACAAACCCCUGCUGCCCAUUGCUAUGGAUGGAGGUGUUGACCGAAGGGAGUGGACCCUGCAGCAUCGCAAGGCUGCUGACAUCUCGCUCACUCCCCCGCAGGCCGACCUGGAUGCCGACUGUCUGGAUGUUAACGUCAAGGGACCUGAUGGCUUCACCCCACUGAUGCUGGCAUCGCUGCGUAAUGGCGGAGGCCCGGACUGCAGCCUGCACGGAGGAGAGGAAGAGGAGGAGAGCGGCGGAGAUGAGCCGGGGCCGAGUGUCAUUUCAGACCUGAUCGCUCAGGGCGCUUCUCUGAUGGCUCAGACCGACCGCACGGGAGAAACGGCGCUCCACCUGGCCGCCCGCUACGCCCGGGCCGACGCCGCGAAGAGACUGCUGGAUGCUGGCGCCGAUCCCAACGCCCACGACAACAUGGGCAGGACUCCUCUGCACGCCGCCGUGGCGGCUGACGCUCAGGGAGUCUUCCAGAUACUGAUCCGUAAUCGUGCAACAGAACUGGACUCCCGGUUGAAUGACGGCACCACUCCGCUGGUGCUGGCAGCCCGGCUAGCUGUGGAGGGCAUGGUGGAGGAGCUGAUCCACUGCCAUGCUGACAUCAACGCUGUCGACGACCACGGCAAAUCUGCUCUUCACUGGGCAGCCGCGGUAAAUAACGUGGAGGCAACACUCGUGCUUUUGAAGAACGGAGCCAACCGGGACAUGCAAGACAACAAGGAGGAGACUCCUCUGUUCCUCGCAGCCAGAGAAGGCAGCUUCGAGGCGGCUCAGGUUCUCCUCGACCACUACUCCAACCGCGACAUCACCGAUCACCUGGAUCGGCUGCCGCGCGACAGCGCCCAAGAGCGCAUGCACCACGACAUCGUGCGCCUGCUGGACCAGUACAACUUGGUCCACAGUCCGCACAGCGGCCCGAACCACAUGGGCGGAGGAGGGAACAUGUGCGGGGCCAACGGAGCGGGCUUCAUCGGCAUGCGCCCGGGGCCGCAGGGCAAGAAGAGCAGGAGGGGUGGAGGCGGGGCGAAGGUGGGAGGCGUCGGAGGCGGAGCUAAAGAGCUAAAAGACAUGAAGGCCAAGAGAAGAAAGAAGCCCGCUGGAGGAGAGGGGCCGGGUGCGGCUGCUGGAGGAGGAGGUGGAGGAAGCGGAGGCACGGCGGGCGGGAACGCGAACGGCGCCAAGGCAGCAGCGGGACUUCCGGAGAGCUCCGUCACCAUGUCACCCGUCGACUCCCUGGAAUCGCCGCACUCGUACACGGGCGACGUGUCCGCCGCCGUCUCCGGCGCCGUCUCCGCCGCCGCGAGCUCCCCUCCCCUGCUGAGCAGCCCGACCUCCAGGCCGAUGCUGCCGCCCGUCAGCCACAUGCUGGGGCAGCAGCAGGGCUGGCCGGGCAUGACCAAGCACGGCUACGGCGGCCACAUGUUCGGCCUCGUGUCGCACCAGAUGGGCGGGUCUCACCCGGGCAUGGGCCAGCGCCACGGCCAGGGCCCGAUGCUGACGCCCAUGAACGUCACCAUGAGCCGGGAGCAGCUGCCGCCCAUCGUCACGUUCCAGAUGAUGGGCCCGGGGGGAAGCCAGGCCAUGCUGAAGCAGCCUCAGCCGGGGCAGGUACAGGUCACCCAGGGCCAGAGCCAGAAUCAGGGUCACUCCCAGCAGGGGCCGGGCCGCCUCCGAUGCUCCCAGGGCAUGAUGUACCAGAUGCCCGAGCAGAUGAGCAUGGCGCACGGGCUCUCCCACGCCCUGCAGCACCCCCACACCGUCAGCCACGGGGGGAUUGAGGGCCAGCCUCGGCCGCUGCCCUCCUACCCGCCCAUGCAGAGCCCUGUGGAUAAGUACCCCACCCCACCCUCCCAGCACAGUUACACCACCACCGGCUCAGAGGGCACCACCCCGGGCCACUCCGCCCACCCGCCCAGCGAGCACCCGUAUCUCACCCCCUCGCCCGAGUCCCCAGACCCUUGGUCGUCCUCUUCGCCGCACUCCAACUCGGACUGGUCUGACGUCACCACCAGCCCCACCCCUCUGGGGAACCCCCACCACGCACUGCCGUCUUCGCACCGCACGCACAUCCCGGAGCAGGUGCAGCUGCAGCCGCAGUCGCAGCAGACGCAGCAGGCCUCUCAGCAGCCGCAGCUCGGUAACAUGCAGGUGUUUGCGUAGGCCGGCCUGAGGGGCGGAGCAUAAACAGACUGACUUUGGGGAUCCGUGUGGUUGCAUAACACGUGAACUCAUACAAUGCUUUUUCUCGUGUCUCGUUUAUUCUCUUUCUGUUCUCCAUUAUAAUAAUCGGUCACUUCCCCUUUCAUGUUUUAUCCCCUCUUUGCACUUACCAAAAACUGUUUGCAUAGUUUCUAAAAAAGAAUUUAAAAAACGUCAAAAGAAUCCAAAAAGAAUGCCGUCGGCUGUCCAUCGCGAGCGGAAAAUCAGUUUCCACGGCGACCUCCGCUCUCUGGCGCCCAAGUCGAGACUUUUUUUCUUCUUUUUGGCAUUUUUGGCACCCGAACACAAACUGUUUUCUUGAAGGAUCAACGAGGAAGUGCCAACCAGACGGCGGCCGGCUGGUGUUGCAUCAGAAAAAGAAAAAGAAAAACUGUUCCGAUGAACACCGAGGCGAGGCGGAGGGCCUUCUGCACUGAUAUGAUCUGUUUCGGAGGACGGUGUCACUCCUCUCCGCUCAUUGUUAGUAGUUUAAUGUGAUGACUAACUCGACUUGUUUGUGAAUACGAUGGGUCACAUUCAAUGGAUUCUUUAAUUCAUCAAAACUACCUAGUUGUUGCCUUAUUGUUUGUAUUCAUCCAUUGUUUUUUAAUGUGCUAAAGGGGGAAUUUUUUGUAAAUGCUGUUGCAUGACUAGAAAGACAAACAUCAAGUAAAUGACAGAUUGUACAGAAAUAACACACACACACACACACACACACACACACAUACAUGCGUGUUGUAACUAAAAGCCUCUACACUUGUGCUAACAACUUAAAUGUAUUUACUGCAUUGAUUACAGUUGCUAGAUAUUAGUGUUUCCCAUCAAAUGUCUGAACACACAGGCGGGUCAAUGAAUGCAGUUUGUACGUGUGUGUGUGUGUGUGUGCUGAAGGCAGUUACACCGUGUCUCGCCACACACGUCACGUGUUGUUGAGGGAUUAAUUAAGCUUGACAAACUUUAUGCAAAAACAUACAUUAGUUGUAGUAUGUUGUCGGAUAAAAUGUAAAUAGACUUACAGCACAUUCUGCUUGUUAUUACUGAGCUCGAUUUGGCAAAGACACGUCGACUUUUUUAUUAUUUUUUACAUGACUUCUGUUCGCACUUGUUGAAUGAUUCUGAAUGUUACAGAGGUGCAUGUUUUAUGACUUUUAAACGGCCUCCUAGCGAAAUGUUUUCUCUUCCAAAAUCAUUUAACCAGUUUUGCCUUUUUUGCUUAACUACAAUCAGUGUAUCUGCACCUUUUUUUUAAAUUUUUUUUUAUUGUAAUGAUUCAUAAACCAAGUCUGGAGGCGAGUACCGGUUUGAUAAAGUAUUUUUUUCAUUUUUCCUUCUUAAAGUUGAUGUUGAUCAUAGCUUUGUGUGACUGCUCCGUAAACACAGACAAUCGUUCACGGUUUUAUUUUUGAAACUUCGAAGAAAAAAAAAUGUCUCUUCCGACCGCUUUUUGUUCUGUUUUUUGUUCUGCCAAAAAUUGUACAUCAUGUUCAUAAAUGUAUCAGUCGUCGCCCCUGUUGCGUCCUAAAGAUGGACACAUGACACACAUCCGAUACCAAGAAAUGUUUUGGUUUGAUUUACUACUGCAACUAUCUGUGUGAACAAACCAAAUGAUUCAGCGGGGCGUCUUUUCUUCUCGUUCCUAACGAUGUAGUUUACCAAACACACGCGUACUGUUGAAGUGUCAGUUGGCCUUUUUCUUUGGAACUGAGCAUGUCAGUUCCCAUUCAUAUGCAAGACUAUGUGUCUAUUUUUUGUAUAUAAAAUGUUUUUUGUAUUGUUCUUGUAUCUGUUAACCAAAUAGCCUAUAAUAAACAUGCUAUAUGAAGUAGUUGUCACCAUGUUUGUAAACGGUAGAUGAACUAAAACUGAUGAAUAAAAAUGUUCUCAAAAAAACCCAAAUGAUCAACCAAAUGUGCUUCUUGAAAUAAAGCCCAGAUCUUCGUAGACUUUUGCUUUUGUCUUUUGUUUAAUUAAGUAUACUGUGUAUUCUCAUUUUUUACAAUGGUUCAGACGCCUAGCUGGUGUUUUAAAUAGAUUUAUGUUUUCACAUUGAACAUUUGAAUAUGACACAGAUGGAAUAAAAAUGGAUGGAAAUAU